AUGCUAAGAUAUCUCACUGCAGCAAGAAGAUUUUAUUCACAUGUUCCUGCUACGUUUUAUCACCCAACGAUCUAUGCAGUGUCGACUUCAUUGGGCCAGAAAUCGGCUGUAGCAGUGGUGAGAAUAACAGGAACACACUCUGAACACAUAUUCCAGCAGCUCACUGGAUCUCGGAAAAAGCCGAUUGCUAGAAGAGCUUCACUGCGAACUUUAUACGAUGAGGUUUCAGGAAGGAAGAACGUUUUAGACUCCUCCAUUGUGGUCUAUUUUGCUGGUCCGAAAUCGUUUACCGGUGAAGACAUGCUGGAGCUACACCUCCAUGGCGGAAAAGCAGUUGUAAAGAGUGUUUUAAAAGCCAUCGAACGCCUUGGAAAUAAAAAGGCAGGACAAGAGAUACGUUUCGCUUUGCCAGGUGAAUUUUCGCAGCGGGCCUUCCAAAAUGGACGCAUGGACCUUACUGAACUCGAGGGUGUUGGGGAUCUCAUAGAUGCAGAAACGGAAACCCAGCGUCGAUGUGCUAUCACAAGUAUGACCGGUUUACAUAAGAUGAUAUUCGAGCGCUGGAGGUCCAUUAUUGUUUCCAAUAUAGCUCAAUUAACAGCCAUCAUAGAUUUUGGAGACGACGCUGAGAUAAACGACAUUGAUCACAUACUUCAAUCUUGUGCGCGAGAAACGGAAACUUUGAAAGAAGAAGUGGAACGAUUUAUACACAAAAUCGAUCGUUCAUCCAUUCUACAAAAUGGUAUAAAAGUUGCACUGUUAGGGUCGCCCAACGCGGGCAAAUCAUCUCUUUUAAACCGCAUUACAAGCGACGAAACUUCGAUUGUCAGCGAUAUACCAGGGACGACAAGAGAUACCAUAGAUGUUCCACUUGACAUUGGCGGCUUCAAAGUUGUCCUUUGCGACACUGCCGGAAUAAGGAGCGCAAGCAAAGACAAAAUAGAAAUAGAAGGUAUGAAGAGAGCAAGAGCGAAAGCUGCUCAGAGUGACCUGGCAAUUUUGGUUGUGGACGCCACUGCCAGGUCGUGUGUAACCCCCGAAUUGAGCGAGCUUGUCAUUUCGGAGCUAUCUGAGAAAGAGGUGAUUACCGUUAUAAACAAAACAGACGCUGUUGAUAUUGAGACUGUUGCCGAAGUGAGGCAAAAACUGAAAAAUCAAUUCGGAGACCUAGCAAUAAUUGAAGAAGUAUCUUGUCUUGAUUAUCGCGGAAUAGACGACUUGGUAGACCGCCUGUCGAGAUUUUUCAAGAAGUUGUCAGAUUUGGACGCCGAUCCAAUCGCGGCAUCGAAACGAGUGCAGGAGAUCUUGAAAAAAGACGUUCUUUACGGAAUCAAUGAAUUUCUAGCGACCAUCGAUCUUGGCGAUGUUGUGAUGGCUUCAGAAAAUUUGGCAAGUGCCGCUGAGGGGAUUGGCAAAAUAACUGGUGAGUCCGUGGGCAUUGAAGAAGUUCUGGGGGUAGUUUUCUCACGAUUUUGCGUCGGUAAGUGA